UCCUUAAUAAUGUCACUGACUGUCACUGUCACUAGAGACAAUGACAGCAAAAUAUAAAUAAAAAUAUUCGAGCACGGUUGCAAUUGUAUAUGACCGCGCACAUAAUUAUUUUAUCGUAAUUAAAUAAUAAGGAUAAAGCAAAGGAAGGCUUUACGAAAGUAAACAACGUGCAUUUGACUCUAUCACAAGUAUUAAGAAUGCCGGGGCCAGCAGGAAAACAUUACCGUGGAAAUCGCAAAACUUCAAAUCAGACCCAUACGCUUGCCUCGGUGGCUAGAGAAACGGCUACUUCUCUGCCGGCAGACAGUCCCGUGCUCGCAAUAUUCAAAGAUGCUGCUCGCAAGUUGAAUGAACGCCAGGACAGGCACGAGCGGCUCGUCAAGCUCUCGCGUGACGUCACUAUUGAAAGCAAAAGAAUUAUAUUCUUAUUGCAUUCUCCUAUAACAAAAGAGUCAUCAGAAAAUACCCUUACUGAAGCUAAGGAUCGGAUGCAAAAGCUGAUCAAUGGACCAAUCAGAAGCAUUGGUUUGGAGUUGGAGAACAGUCCAGCUCACUUACACGGCAGAGCUGUCACUGCCGGGUUCCAGGAGUUCAUAGAGGCUAGGACUCUACUGUCUCUGAUGGCUGACAAAAGAAUCAUUACUUACCCAGAAGUACAGAAGGAAUUGGAGUAUGAAAUCAAAGAUGAUGAUGAUGCUGAUGUUGACAAUCAGAGGUCUUUAGUAACAAUGUUACCUGAGUCUGAUUAUAUGCUGGGUCUUGCUGACCUGACUGGAGAGCUGAUGAGGAAGGCCAUCAACAGCAUAUCUAGUGGAGACAGUGAGGAAUGCUACCAAGCUUGUCAAGUUGUCAGGCAUUUGUAUACUGGAUACUUGGGCAUAACAGGCAGUCGUCUCUUAGUCCGUAAGCUGUCGACAACUCGCGCCAACGUUAACAAAGUUGAGAUGGCGGUAUAUGCUCUCAAAGUGCGCGGUGGAGAGACACCAGCACCAUUACUGUUACCCGCCGCACCUGCAGAGUGGGAGCCACCAAUCAACUUAUCAGACGAUGAAGGAUAUUAUUAGGCUGUAUUACGACCCAGCAUUUGUAUAUAGACUGAAUGAAAAGCCUGAUUCAGAUCUAUUUUAGUAAAUAAGUAUUAGAACUUUUAAUAUUUCUCAUGAAAAGUUCCACAGUGGGAAGUCUUUACUUGAGCUAGUAACUAGUAAUACCAUGUUCAUCUCAUUCACAUUUUGUUUAUUCAAUGUUUUAAACUUUUUCUUAUAACUUAUCAAAUACGUUGUUAUCGCCUGAUAGCCUGGUGUCUAGAGUUUAUAUUAGAAUAUAAGCUUCAAUAGACAGUUUAUUAAUAUGCAAUUAGAUUUUCAUUCUCAAUCCCAAAUGGAAAACAACAGAA